AUGUCUGAAAAGAACAAAUUCAAUGAGACUUUCGUGUGGAUUUUGUACUCUUCAGCUACUCUCGAGGAAAAUCUGAAUCUCUUGGCCACCGUGAAAAUGCAAUGGGACUCUGAAGUCUUUCUUUUGUCCGGUGAAUUUGAAGAAAAUCCAUCCUUGCUGAGAGUUUCUGAGCUCUAUAGAGUCAAAUUCGAUCCUUUGUAUCCAAUUUCUGUGAAUCUUGUUGGCUUCUGGGAUGGAAAGUUGUUUAACGUGUCUCAAGACUUCAGGAAGAAUACAAAACUCAGAAGAAGACUCGAUCUUAAAGGAGUUGAAAUAUACGGCGCCGUUGCGAUUAAACGCGUCAGUCCUGGACUAACUGCUAUUGAGAUGCUCCAGAGUCGCAUGGACUCCUCACUAGCGUCCUCAGCCUUUCAAUACGCCGUUUUGCUGGACAUCAUGCGUCGAGCUAACGCCACUUUUAUGGUCCGAAGAACUUCGUCGUGGAGUAAAUUGAACAAACCAGACAACGAAUCGUGGGAAGGACCGAUGGCAAUGAUCAAUGCCUCUUUGGUUGAUCUCAGCAUCAGUCCGAUGAGCAUAACUCCAAAUCGGCUACCUUAUGUUUAUGCCACGCCAAAUACUUGGCAAGCACACUUCGGCUUCGUCUUUCGCCACCCCAGAAGCGUGUCCGUGCGAGAUGUUUUUCUGCAGCCUUUCAGUGAAAUCCUGUGGGUCUGCACCAUAGCGAUGUUGACACUUCUUUGGGGCGCUUUCAUCGCCUCGCUGAAAUUGAAUUAUUCUGGAGACUCUCUCGGAGUCGCUUUCUUGGGCAUCUUUGGCACAUUCUUUCAGCAAAGCUUCUCUAUGAAUCUGCGCAUGACUUCUGCUCGGAUUCUCUUAGUUCUGGCUCUGAUCUUCUCCUUCAUCUCGUAUCAAUUCUACACCACUUUCAUCGUGGCUAGUCUUAUCACGGAAGCGCCCAAGACGAUCCGAACAGUUGAAGAUAUAGCCGCCAGCAAACUCAGGCUUGGCGCCAAUGAUCUUGAAUACAACGAAGGCUUUUUCAAUUACACUCCACUGACCAUAAAGUUGUAUAAAGAACGCAUAAGGGGGCUCGGAAACCUAUUUACACCGGAGAAAGGCAUCCAGUUGAUAAAAAAAGGUGGAUUUGCCUUCCAUUUCGACGUGGAAAGUACUUAUGAAGGCAUCGUGCAGACUUUCUCAGAGGGCGAAAUAUGCGAUUUGCAAGAGAUAAUUUUCCUCCCGGUUGUUAAAACGAGCGCCGUCGUCCGCAAAACUUCGCCCUUUCGCGAACUCAUCAACGUCCUCACGCGAAGACUCACUGAGGUCGGAGUUGUGCAGCAGGAACACUCAAAGUGGUUCGCCUCGCGUCCCAAAUGCGUAUCACGCGUCACCGUCAUUCCCGUCGACCUGGAACACGUGUUCACGCCCAUUAUGAUCAUCGUUGUCGCCAGCGUGACCAGCGUGAUCAUUCUGGCGGUUGAAAUCUACACGAAGCGUCGCCACAUUGAAUUCCUCGAAGCAAUGUCUGAAAAGAACAAAUUCAAUGAGACUUUCGUGUGGAUUUUGUACUCUUCAGCUACUCUCGAGGAAAAUCUGAAUCUCUUGGCCACCGUGAAAAUGCAAUGGGACUCUGAAGUCUUUCUUUUGUCCGGUGAAUUUGAAGAAAAUCCAUCCUUGCUGAGAGUUUCUGAGCUCUAUAGAGUCAAAUUCGAUCCUUUGUAUCCAAUUUCUGUGAAUCUUGUUGGCUUCUGGGAUGGAAAAUUGUUUAACGUGUCUCAAGACUUCAGGAAGAAUACAAAACUCAGAAGAAGACUUGAUCUUAAAGGAGCUGAAAUAUACGGCGCCGUUUCGAUUAAACGCGUCUGUCUUGGUCUAACUGCUUUUGAGAUGCUCCAAACGCGAGUGGACUCCUCAACAGCUUCCUCAGCCUUUCAAUUCGCCCUUUUACAAGACAUCAUGCGUCGAGCUAACGCCACUUUUGUGGUCCGAAGAACUUCGUCGUGGAGUAAAUUCCACAAAGAAGCCAAUGAAUCGUGGGAUGGACCGAUGGCAAUGCUCAGUACCUCCUUAGCUGAUCUCAGCAUUACUCCACUGACCCUCACGCUCGAUCGGAUACCUUAUGUUUAUGCCACGCCAAUAACUUGGCAGCCACAAUUUGGCUUCGUUUUUCGCCACCCCAGAAGCGCAUCCGUGCGAGAUCUUGUCUUGCAGCCCUUUAGUGACAUCCUCUGGGUCUGCACCAUAGCGAUGCUGACACUUCUUUGGGGCGCUUUCAUCGCCUCGCUGAAAUUGAAUUAUUCUGGAGACUCUCUCGGAGUCGCUUUCUUGGGCAUCUUUGGCACAUUCUUUCAGCAAAGCUUCUCUGUGAAUCUGCGCAUGACUUCUGCUCGGAUUCUCUUAGUUCUGGCUCUGAUCUUCUCCUUCAUCUCGUAUCAAUUCUACACCACUUUCAUCGUGGCUAGUCUUAUCACGGAAGCGCCCAAGACGAUCCGAACAGUUGAAGAUAUAGCCGCCAGCAAACUCAGGCUUGGCGCCAAUGAUAUCGAGUACAACGAAGACCUCUUCAAUUACACUCAACUGACCAGAAAACUGUACAGAGAACGAAUAAAGACACCGGGACAGUUCUUCUCACCGAGGAGAGGCAUCCAGUUGAUAAAAAAAGGUGGAUUUGCCUUCCAUUUCGACGUGGAAAGUACUUAUGAAGGCAUCGUGCAGACUUUCUCAGAGGACGAAAUAUGCGAUUUGCAAGAAGUUAAAUUUCUUCCGGUAAUCUCAACAAGCGCCCUUGUCCGUAAAACAUCACCUUUUCGCGAACUCAUCAACGUCCUCACGCGAAGACUCACUGAGGUCGGAGUUGUGCAGCAGGAACACUCAAAGUGGUUCGCCUCGCGUCCCAAAUGCGUAUCACGCGUUACCGUCAUUCCCGUCGACCUGGAACACGUGUUCACGCCCAUUAUGAUCAUCGUUGUCGCCAGCGUGACCAGCGUGAUCAUUUUGGCGGUCGAAAUCUACACGAAGCGUCGCCAGUGA